AUGGCGAUUCAUUUAAGGACGCUGUUUUGGAGUCUUAUUAUUGCCACCGCGAUUUGCAUUGUUUUUUAUGGAAAGGAAAGAUUUUUCUCCACACCAUCCUGCCCCAAGGCAAAUGGCAAGUAAGUAAUAAUAAUUUAUCACAGGCAAUAGUAAAUUUCAUCGAGAGAGGUGCUUCGAAGCCCAUUAUACGAUCGAGAAGCUGAAUUUGAUUUUAAACACGAAAGCUUUAAGAACAACUCUUAGGGCUCAUUUAUCCAGUAUAUAUAAUAAUUUGUCUUUUUCAACCUCGGUCAACAUUAUCCACACAGUGUCUAACAUUUGUUGGAUUGGAUAUCGCAUCCAACAAUGAUUUGAUCAAUAAAACUGGAUCAACAUGUUGAAUAUCGAAUCGUUAAACUAAACGGGCGUUUACUAAGCAAAUUCCAGGUCCAUAUUGUACUAAGCUUCUAGCAGAUUUAGCCCUAAGCGUAAUUUGAGGGCUAUUAGAUGAGUCAACGUUAAUUAGAUAUUUUAGUUUAUGCAUGGCUGGUUAAUUCGGGCAAGGAGAAACACAAGCAAGCCAUUCAUCUACAGUAGAUUACUGAUCUCCUAAUUAGUACUACCCAGGGUACUACCCAGGGUCUUAGUUUUCUUCCCCGUUCCAGGGGAGGAAAGAGAAGAGACCCUGGAAACCAGGUAGGAUGAAAUUUUAAAAAAAAUCAAUGCGGCGUGCCCGUUAAUUACUCUUCAUAUAGAUGAUCUUUUAUACUUCAUCGUUUCUCCUCAUCAAUUCAGUCUACUAAACAAUGCUUCGUUGCUCUUUCACAUUGACUUCCUCUAGCAACAACGACCUCCUUUACUGUCAACAACAGCAUGCAUUGACUGCUUCUUGUUUAGACUGCCUUAAUGUAACAAAUAAACUUGUAAAUGAUGGGUAAAUGGGUUAUUACUGCAUAAGACCACAACAACAACAACAACAACAACAACAACAACAACAUAUAAACAAAUAAAAACCAAGUAUCGAGUUCUGAAUAUAUCGUGUUUUAACACAUUUGAAAAUGCAGGAUACAUAUUUCGUGACAAAAAGACGAUUUUCGAGUGGCCCAAACCUUGUUUUAGAAACGAGGGCGAUUGUGAUUUCUUUCAUUGCAUGAAAUUUUUGAAGUUGUUUUGGCCUCCUUUUCACAGUGAGUGUUUGGAAAAUUCGAAAAUAUCCAGAGCUCUCUAUUACUAUACAUACACCACAGUUUUUAAAACUGACAUGGCGAAGAAGCAUGAUCAUGUGGCAUGUGCACGUAUCGCCCCAUGUAAGACAAUCCAAGUCAAUUUUGGAUUAUGAAUUCCAUGCUGUGGACUCUGGAUUCCAGGUAUUGGAUUCCGGAUUUAGUGGAAUUUGGAUUCUGGAUUCCAACUGUUAGCGGGAUUCCGGAUUCCUUGAGCCGUUUUCCGGAUUUCAAAGCCCAGGGUUCCAGAUUCCUCAAGAAAAACUUUUCCAGAUUGCGGAAUCCGGAUUUACUUACAUUAGGCGACAUGUGGAUUUCUGGAAUCAAUCCAACCAGUUCGACAAUAAGUUCUGCUUAUUAUAAUAAUAUUGUAACUAUAUUGAAAUACCGAAGAGCCAGUUAGUAAGGCAAGGGUUUAGACCAAGUUGCUUGUAACAUCUAUAGAUAGCAUACGAUUUAUUUGUUUAUUUAUUUAUUUCAUUCAUUUUUUGUUUGUCUUCUAAACAGAAUUCUGAUGGCACGAGAUUCGAUAAUCCAUUCAGCGCAAUCAAUGCCAAUAGAAUCAAAGGGUUUUCUAGUGGAAACAAAAACUAAUGCCGCCUUAAAACCUGAACAAUCCAACAAAUUCAAGAAGUCAAAAUAUCCAAGACGUAGAAGCUACAAGUCAUGUUCACCGAUUGAUCAAAUUCUAUUCCUUAAAACACACAAAACGGGCGGUAGUACAAUAACAAACAUUCUUAAUCGAUACGGCGACUCCAAUAACCUAACGUUUGUGCUGCCGAAACAGAAGCAGCUAUUCACGUUCAUGUGGCCUGCAAGAUUUCGUCUUUCCUACACCGCACCCUUGUACAACUUUGGAGCAAACAUAAUGUGCAAUCACGCGAGGUUCAACAAGCGACCAAUGAACCAUUUAUUUCCCAAAAAACAAAGUCGCUACAUAACGAUUUUAAGGGAUCCGGCAGCACAGUACGAAUCAGUGUUCAACUUUAUGCAUCUUGCCAACCCGUUGGGGUUUAAAGACGAAGAUGAUCCACUGGGAACGUUUUUGAAGUUUCCGCCACCUUUCCAAGAGAUAAGACCCCUAAUGAAGAAAACCUUGGCGCUCCAUUUGGUUCGAAAUCCAAUGCUUUUUGACCUGGGCUUAGAUUUUCGAUACUUCCAAAACGUUACCGCCGUGGAACGUUACCUGCACUUUAUAGAAAAUGAAUUUGACCUUGUAAUGAUCUUGGAGUACUUUGACGAGUCUCUACUGCUUCUUAAGCGCCUUCUAUGCUGGAAAAUGAAAGACAUUCUAUACUUCAAGCUUAAUGAACGGCAGGAUAAGCAAAAGCGAAAAUUCAUGAGCUCUGAAGUUAAAGAAGACAUAAAGAGCUGGAACAAAGCUGACUUUAUGCUCUACCAGCAUUUCAAUAGAACGUUUUGGAGGAAAGUGAGGGCAGAGGGACCUAGUUUUCAGAGAGAACUCAAACGGUUUAGACGCCAAAAUAGAGCCCUGACAAGAGCUUGUCUUCAGCAGGGUGACUUCUUGGACGAGGCCUAUACAGGUGUUUACGUAAAAGGCUUUUCUCUCAAGAAAAACGUUCCUGAGAAAAAGAAACUAUUGUGCGAAAGCAUGAUGAAAAAUGAAAUAUCGUAUGUAACGUAUUUCAGAGAGAGGAUGAAAACACGAAUCGUGAGUACCGAAGAACCAGAUGAGUACCUUGAUGAUCCUUUGAAUGACUGGGAGGUAGCCAGUGAUCUGGAACAUGAUCCCAUUUUAUCAGGGGCAGAUUCAUCUGGCUCUGGUGAAAGUCUCACAAUGGAGCGGCCCUCAAGCAGCGAGGGAGAACAUACGAAUCCGUAG